AUGGAGGUUCUAGGUUCAAACAAAGAUCUGUACUUCCACAGGGACCCUACGUCUUUCCCCACUCCUCCUGAAUAUAACGACUGGGAUCCCAUACUAGCGCAAUGUCAAGCCCCCGAAGACAUACUUUAUCCAUCUGUGGAGAUACCUGCCAGUGACAGUUUGUAUACAGACUGCCUGUCAGACCAAAGCCUCGAUCUAAAUGUCAAUCUCAAUCGCGAUCUAUACCUGGAUCCAUCGUUUCCCACGUCAGCUCCAAUUGAUACUGUUUGCGACCCAAGACAAUCGGAGUUCGUCGGCAAUAACGACUAUCAUGAGCCGGGUCUAGAUUGCUUCAUGCUUCCCGACCAUCUCACCCCGACAAUGCCCCAAAACCUCUCAAUUCCACCAUUCGAAGUGACAGAACCAGGACUGUCACCCUUGGCAAUACCCACAAACCCGACUACUCCGGAUUUAUGUCUAAGUCAAAACCGAGCUCUCUGCAUUAUUACUGCAACGCAAUCCCUCCGCUCUCUCCAUAUCCCCCAGACCAACUGUCUAUCCCGCCAAAACGGAAGCAAUGGCCAAGACGUGCCGAAGCCCUCGCGCAUGUCCGGCUCAGUCCUUAAAUGCAACAAAGAUGCAGGAAUGGCAGUCUGCAGUAUGCUGCAAUGCGGAUGUUCUCUCCGUCCACAAAACCAGCUUUUACUGGCAAUCAUAUGUUCACGUCUAAUCUCUUGGUACCGUGCAAUGAUCCGCACAUGCUUCUUGAGCAGCCCAAGUGAGCUCGGGAACAACGCACCCGAAAGCGAUUUCGUGUCACCUGAGAAGGUCGUCCACCAACCCGUAACGAUCGGCGAUCAUUCAGUCGAUGACCAGGUGCUGGGAUGGACGAUCCAAGCGCAAGUCACAUUGGGUGAGUUGCGGCAUAUGCAGCGCUUGGUCGGGACGCUUUCCCUUCGUAUUCGGGAAACGCCCAAUAUGCAGCCAAAUGGGAGUUUGGGUUUUGCGGCUGAUACCCAGGUCCCGUUGGUUGGGCUUCCGGGACCUGCGCAUGAUCGCUUGGUGGCGCAUCUGAUGGAAGAGGUUCAUGCCGCUAAGGCCGAUUUGGUUUCGGGUUGGGUGGAAGUGUAG